AUGGACCCUUUGUCGUUCACCGCCAGCCUUAUCGCUGUUGUUGGGACAGCUGGAACGGUCGCGAAGGAGCUGAGACUAUUGCAGACCUCACUACGAGACGCAUCUAGUCUGUUGAGUGCUCUAAUCAAUGAGAUCUCUGAUUUGAGGAUUAUCCUCGAGGCUUGUAGUUCAGCAGUCACAGAGCUCUAUCGAUCAGCCAACUCCCCAAACCCACCAACCCCACUCGCUGAUGCAGUCAAGAUCCUGGACCGCACAAAGACGCAGCUAGAAGAGCUCGAAAAAGUAGUGAAACACUGCUUUGGUGGUUCUCUAGAUUCGACGAAUGUCAGUAAAAUGGUCAAACUGCGGUGGUUGCGCGAGAAAGGGAAAGCCGAACGCUUGCAAGGCAAGCUACGGGACUCGAAGCAGGAUCUGAUGAUGCUUCUUGAAUCUCAAAGUGUUUCUGCAAUAUCAGGCUUGCACAUCGCGGUUCAAGAAAUUGCCGUUGGCAGUACGGAGUUCCAUACGACCUCAUCCGACAAGAUGGAUCAGAUUCUAUUCGAACUAUCUAAUCACAUGAAUCAUAUUCGAGACUUGAAUCUCAAGACAUCUCAAGUCAACGAGAAGCUCGAUCGCCUUAGCCAAGCGCAGCAAGAGCCAGAUCCGUCAUCUCCACGACCACCGGAAUACUCAGAACGUACACCGAAUGCGACCGACAGCGAAUCACAGACACCGUUGAACAGUGCCAUCCAAGUUCGCGCAUCCUGCUACCGAAAGACUUGCAGACCCUGGUGCAGCUGUUGUUGUCACAUUCGACGGGAAGUCCGAAGUCCAAGCCUAGCAAAAAGCUUCAUAGGAUCUCUCUUCAUUGGCUACACCGGAGUUCCAGUUGUCACGCCUCCAUGUAACGAGAAGCAGUGUAGAAAGCGUUCUACAUCGCGCAUCAUUGUUAGCUACCAAUUUCCUGGGUGGUUCUGGGAACGAUCGCUUUUCACUUCGUUCAUGACCGCUGCACGCUCUGGACCAGAGAUGUUGAUAAGAGUCACUAACACGAUACCUUUUGCGUGUGAGGCUUAUCAACAUUGUCUUGACGGGAACGUGACAGGACUUCAACGGCUUUUUGAACUUGGGAGAGCCUCGCCAUUUGAUUUGGAUCCUUCGGGGAUCUCUUUGCUUCAUAAUGCUCUUCGAUUCGAUCACUUCGAAUUGUGCCACUUCUUGAUCUCUUGUGGCUCGGACUUGUAUCAAGAAGACCACACUGGUCUUAGCGCAUUCCAUUACGCUUGGGACGCCAUCCUAAUUGACCCAAAUGAGCCCAGUAGCUCCAAAAAGAAGCAAGCACUUCUCGAGAUUUUUCCACAAGAUGAAGGUGGGUUAGAUGAGCGUCAAUUCAAUCGAAUCCACAAAUCUGUUCUCGGAAUUAUUGGGACCGCCCUAGAAGACGAACUCGCCAUCUCAACGGCAACCAUCGAUACUCCUGACAAUCUGGGCCGGACACCUCUCUUCUGGGCGUCACGUCGCGCUGACGUGAAAGCCACAUCCCUUCUUCUAGAGUAUGGCGCCCACACCGAUCCUCCACGAAAAGGACGAAGAGGUACGAGUCCUCUACUCGCUGCCGCAGAAGCUGGAAAUGUCGAUGUUGUGGAAAUGCUCCUAGCCCAUGGGGCCUCUGUCGACGUCCGAAAUGACGAUAAUUCUUCUCCUCUUCACCUCGCUUCAACUCAACAAGACGGUCUUGGCUGCGUCUCAGCUCUACUCAAGGCAGGAGCAGACGUUAAUAGUGUCGAUUCUGAUGACCGAACUCCUCUCUUAGCCGCAUCCUGCUACGGCUGGGCGGAUAUAGCCGAAGCCUUGAUUGAUGCAGGGGCAGAUAUGGAAAUACGCUGCGAAGAUGGCUGGACGAGUCUGACGUCGAGCAUAUUCUGGAACAUGUAUGGCAGCGUCGAGUUACUUCUGGACAAAGGCGCCAACACUCUGGUGGUCACAGACACAGGCGAGACUCUCCUCCACUUGGCAAUUCGAUAUGGCGAUACCAAGAUGUUAGGCCUGUUACGUGAUCGAGAUUUAGGUCAUUUAGACGUUGGUGCUAAGAAUGGUGCGGGGGAGACUGUUUGGGAUAUUGCUAAGUCAAGAGAUGAGCCAGCUGAGUGGCAGACUGCAUUUCAUGAUUUCCUCAAGAGUGUUGAAGCACAAAAGACAGAGAAGUUUACAGAAGAGUCUGCGAUCUCAUCUGGAUCAAUGGCUUAUACUAGCAGCGAGACACUUCUGGAUCAAAAGAUGGCGAUGAGGACUGUCGUUGAAGUCUACGUUUCUUCUGACGAUGACAGCGAUCUGGAUCAUUUCGAAGACGCUCUGGAAGCUGUCGCAUAG